AUUCAUACCAUAUUGCUAGCCAGUCAGUAUGCUGUUCAUACCAUACUGCUAACCAGUCAAUAUGCUGUCCAUACCAUAUUACUAACCAGUCAAUAUGCUGUUCAUACCAUACUGCUAACCAGUCAAUAUGCUGUCCAUACCAUAUUACUAACCAGUCAAUAUGCUGUUCAUACCAUAUUACUAACCAGUUAA